AUGUUCCUGGUGCUCCUCCCAGUGCUGGGGGUACACUUCCUCCUGAGAGACUCCAGAGCACAGUCAGUGACUCAGCCUGAUGCCCAAGUCACUGUCACUGAAGAAGCCUUUUUGAAGCUGAGAUGCAACUAUUCCUCCAGGGUGGUGCCUUACCUGCACUGGUAUGUCCAGUACCCACAGCAGGGGCUGCAGCGGCUCCUUGGGUAUUAUUCCGGAGACACCCUGGUUCGAGGCAUGAGUGGCUUUGAAGCUGAGUUUAUCAAGCAGGACUCUUCCUUCCACCUGAAGAAAGCCUCUGUGCACCUGAGUGACUCGGCUGUGUACUUCUGUGCUCUGGGUGCACAGUGGGUGAGAGGAUUUGAGGUGGAGCAGAGUCCUCCAGCCCUGAGUCUCCAUGAGGGAACCAGUUCUGCCCUGACAUGCAAUUUUUCUAUCACUGUGACAUAUAUGCAGUGGUUCCGACAGAAUCCCGGGGGCAGCCUCGUCAAUCUUUUUUACUUGACUCCAGGAACAAAGGAGAAUGGGAGGUUAAAGUCAACAUUCAACUCCAAGGAGCGCUACAGCACCCUGUACAUCAGAGAUGCCCAGCUGGGGGACUCAGGCACCUACCUCUGUGCUGCUGAUGCACAGUGCUCCCAGCAAGCCUGCAGCCUGUCCCCAAACUGCAGCUGUGUAUGCAGCUAA